UUAUUAAGAGGCGCAAGUGUGGUGAAACUCCAACUGCAAUAGCUAGAUUCUAUGAUAUUGGACAAGCUACAGUCUAUGACGUUAUGAAAAACAAAGACAAAAUCGAAAAAUUUAUGAAAUCUGUAGAUGAUUCUAGGGACAGAAAAACCCUUAAAAUGAGUGAAUUCCUUGAAGUUGAAGAAGCUCUGUACAUCUGGUUUAAGCAACAACGAAGCAGACAUGCUCCUAUUUUAGGUGACAUUUUAAAAAUUAAAGCUCAAUUUUUUUUGAGGAAUUGACAAAGAAAACUGAUUUUCGUGCUAGUCACAGCUGGUUCAAAAACUUCAAAAAAUGGUAUGGAUUACAAUUUUUGCAGAUGAGUGGAGAAAAGUUGAGUGCAGAUGAGUCUGAGGUAUCUGAAUUUAUUCAGACUUUAAGCAAGAGGAUCACUGAAUUAGACCUAACUCCUGAACAACUUUAUAAUGCUGAUGAAACUUGUCUAAACUGGCGGCAACUUCCAACAAAGACAAUUAUCACUCCAGAAGAAAAAAAAGUUUCUGGUAGAAAACUUCAGAAAGAACGUAUCACUCUCAUAGUAUGCGCGAAUGCAUCAGGAACCCACAAGUUAAAACUGCUAGUUGUGGGUAUGUCCAAAAAACCUCGUGCCCUCAAAAGUGUUAAAAUAUUGACACUAUCAGUUACGUACAUGUACCAAAACUGUGCGUGGGUGACAAAAGAAGUUUUUCUGGAUUGGUACAAGAACAACUUUGUCCUGCAAGUUAAAGAUGAACUAAGAAAAAAACUGCCAAAGAAAGCUCACCUCUUGUUAGACAAUGUUCCAGGACAUCCUGAUAAGGAUGAAUUAAAAAUCAAAACUGCCAAUCAGGACUGUGGAGUCUGAGUCGUGGAGUUUUGGUGUUUUAGCCAGAGUCGUCAAAAAAUCCGCCGACUCCAAUUCCUUUUCUUUUUUUUUA